AUGGCUGUAAGCAAUACAGGCUCUAAAAACACGAGCAUGGGGAAAAGAUAUGUUGAAAAGAUUUCCUCGAGAAAUUUACUCAAAUUUUGCGCUUUUGUAGGCGCUAUUUGUGUCUUUUUUCUCGGAGGUAUUUACAAGAACUCAAUUGAUCUGUCUGACAAUCAGAAAUCAGGGGAGAUAAAAAGUCGUCGUCAAUUGCCGGAUUUUAAAUCCCAACUCUUGAAUUCAUUUAAAGCAGAAAACCUUGAGGAAAACUUACGGUGAGUGAACAAGGGGCACUCAACGAGAAUAUAGUUCAAAACCACUUAAACGUAGCAUUGUUAAACGUAUUUUAGCAUUUAAACGGUAGACAUACGCAUAUUUUUAUCCCCUAAAAAUUUUUCAUGUCUUCAGAUUUCCUAGCUGAAAGUCUAGUGAUCCGAAAAUUAUAGGGUUCAAAACGUAUCUUUUCGAAAAUUUCAACGAGAAAAAAGGCUCCCGAAAAUUUUAGGUGACCUUUUUAGGGUAAAGAUCCGUUAAACAUGGGCAAUUAUACCAUUUUUUGGAUGUUCGAAAAUCCUAGGGGAGGCAGGCAAGCAAGAAAUUUUACAAAAACUGUUCCGAAAAUUUUAGAUCUCAAAUCGUCUUCCGAACAGAUAUUUUCCGAAAAUUGACGUUGGGUGCUUUCGGUGAACAAGGUACAUUGUGUGGGAUUCAUUAAAUGCUGUUUCAGAAAACUGUUUUUAACGGGAAUUUGUUUGUUAUGAAUGGUGUGUCUUAAAACUGACUGACCCAUUAAGAAGAAACGUGAUGUUGAUUUUGACAUUUUUGUUUUGCUUUACUUCCAGAUAUUUUUCUCAAGAGCCGCAUUUUGCCGGUUCGAGGCGGAAUAAUGACUUGGCGCGUCAUAUUGCCGCAAAAUGGAAAGACUAUGGUUUUGAUCAAGUAGAACUGACUCGAUACGAUGUUUUGUUGAAUACACCACGCAAGGAUUUGAAAAAUAAAGUGGAAAUACAUCGAAAUGGCGAAGUUGUGUUCGAGGCGCAGCCCUAUGAAAAGGCAAGUGACAACAUUUGUGUUUAUUUCAGUGCUCUGUACUAAUAUUCACACAGAUAACUGAAUUUAAUUCUAAAAUGGGGGCGGGUGAUGGAGGAGGGGUGAGGGACGGCGGGGUGUUGAUGUUUGAAAAUGUGGUUUGUCAAGAGACUUGUUAGAUUCUCGUGGUAAACUGAUCGUUGACUCUGUGGCGCCCGGCAAGAGUUGGUUUUAAGGUAUGAAUAACUUUCUAAAUAAUAUAUAUUGUAAAAUAAUCACAUAAUCUGUGCUAGUCUAAUCACCGCAUUGUAGUCAGUUUUGUCUUAACCACUGGCCAAGAAACGCGUUCAGUUCCAAAAUAAAAUGUGUUUUCUCAUACCCCGUCAAAAACGCCUAAUUUCACACGGUAUAAAACGCAAUUUCCGUCAGAAAAUCUCUACUUUAGGCAUAGCAAGAAUUGGAGCCAUAACCUGUUAAGUAAACACAAAGAAAUAAGAAUUGUUGUGAUAAACCAAAUUUACUCCGAACGGACUUAACGCACAGUAAAAAUCUACAGGUGAAAAUUAAGGGAUUAAAUGGGUGGAGUCAUAAAAUGGCCGAAAAUGUUGCGAUUCAAAAACCCUCUAACGGAUUUUUUCAAAUCUUACCAAGGUAAAGACAACGCCUGUCUAAACUAUUACUACACUAGAAGAUUUUAACAGAUUAUUGCUAGAUUUUAUUAUACUGAAUUUCGAGAAAAUACCCAAUUCGUAGAUUUCAUGUCAGUUUGAUUCUGUUGCUCUGGAAGUGGUGAUGUCAGCUAAAGAUACUCUAAAAUUAAGUUUAAUGUUGGAUACGUUGUUUUACUUCAAGACUUUUUCGUACAUGCAUUACAGCCAAAGAUAUGAAGCAUCAAAAACAAAGGGGCCAAGAGAUUAUAUAGAAAACGCCAAGUAAAUAAUGGUAAUAAUAAAAACAGGCGAAACCGACCAAGCUUUGUCAAUAUAGGAUUUGUGUACGUGCGAAUUCGAAAGAAAAUUGUGUAUGAAGGAAACGGCAAGGUAUGCAAUCCGGGCAAAAAGCUUAUCCUUGCGGAAAGCCAACCAAAACACAGAAUUCUUUUCAUCUAACCAACCUCUUGCCUCCGGAGCCGGAGCCAAGCCAUGUAAUACCUUCUAUUAGUAAUAACUAUUAAAAGAAACUGUAUCGCGAAAUUUAUCAAAAUUCAAACUGAGGGAACUGCCACCAAACUGCGUAAAACAUUAAAAUAACAGCUCUAAACGUUGAAAGAAGGUUUUAAAUGAAAAAGUUAAAAAAUACUGAAACGGAGUGCAAUUGUAGUUUUUGAUAACUUGUUGCAUCAUGAUUGGGAGACAUUUUUGUUUACCCCUACCCGUGAUUUUUCGAGAAUUUGUCAUUCACAAGGAAUCUGCCCAGUUCCAUAGCGAAUAAAGACGCUUAUGGCAUUAGAAUGAACUAUACAAAAACAGCCAUGACACAGCCCAAUUUUAAUUAAGUUGGUUUGUAUAUCCAACCAUCCUGGAGGCCGAUUUAGACGGUACGAUUUUUGCUUACGACUAUCGCGUGCUACUAACAUACGUCAUGACUUCACUUUAGAUCGUGUCUUGUAAAUUAGACCCACGACAACCGGACGACACAGGUAGAUUUGUAAGUGAAAACUGUGCGCGUGUGGAUGGUCGAAAGUGAUGACGUAUGCUAGUCGCGCACGAUAGUCGUAAGCAACGUACCGUCUAAAUCGGCCUUAACACAGGCAUCAUAUCAUGUUAUGACUUUCCUAAAGGCUCUACGAAAAGACGAAGUAAAAGGUGAAAAGAUUCCGAUUUUCCUCGGUUUUUCACCAAGUGGAAAAGUGAAAGGAGAAGUGGUGUAUGCCAAUUUUGGGACGGAAGAAGAUUUCGGAAAGCUGAAAGACUUGGACGUGUCUGUAAAGGACAAAAUUGUUAUCAUUCGCCAGGGAAGAAUUUUCAGGGGUAAUAAGGUACGUGGUUUAACCACCCACCCCCCUCGGCCUCCGCGAGUACUGAACUAAAUAUGCCUUCUACUGAAAAGUGAUAUCCUUUCACGUACCUAGUAGAGGACUUUGCAUUCCUUUCUGACUGGAAAUGUACUCUCUUUAAAAUAUGAAUAAAUCACAAAACCAGAGCGUUUCUUCGACUUCUUACAGCCAUAAAGUAAAUCGUUAGCCCUUGUGGUAUUUUUUACAAACCGAGAUGGACAGAUUUGCCUACCCUCAGAUAUACUUCAACUGCACUGUAAAUCCGAAAGAUCUGUUUUUAACCCUAGAAAAGGGCCCGUUUCGGUAAGUAAAAUACAGUUCUAUUUUUGAGUCUAAUUUGGCUUCCUUAAAUCAGGGCCAAUAGAGUCCAAUUAUCCAGGGCUGAUUUGGGCACGAAUAGCCUUGUGAUUGAGCUUUUUUGGCCUAAAUUGUGCUCCAAUCGCUCCAGAAAGGGCUGAAUCAGACUUUGGCCUGCCGUUCUGAAUUGACACUUUGGGACUGAAACAGAUCUUUUUGAUUUUCAUGUUGUGAAAUCCUAACCCUUUCAUACAUCUAAGGCCCAAAAAAGGUACCCUUUUCGGGCGGAGCCUUAGCCUAAGAAAACAGCCGACAUUCGGUGACGCUAUCACUGGUUUCCCCGGCAAAUGUCGUCUGAGAAACGAGCGCAGAAAUUCCAUACUGACGACGCGUCACUACCCAUGCAGAACUGGAUAGUGCUUCUGAUUGGUUGAAUCAAAUUUCCCACGCGGCAUGACCAAUCAGAAGCACUACCCAGUUCUGGUUAGUGACGCGUCAUCAGUAUGGAAUUUCUGCGCUCGUUUUUCAGACGCCAUGUGGCGGGGAAACCAGUGGUAGCGUCGCCAAAUGUCGGCUGCUUUCUCAGGCUAGCGGAGCCUCCCCGUAAAAGCCAUUUGAUUACGGGAAUCGAACCUGUCGCUAUGGCUUUUCCCUCAGGAAGCAGGAUAGAUGGGAAGAGUUAAAAAACAAACAAACAAACAAAAAAACAACAACAACAACAUGCAAAAGUUUAAUUUUAGAUAUGCGAAGUUGAGCUUUUCAUUAUCCUGUAAAAUAUACUUAGUCGAUGUAUUGAUGCUUAGUUAAAGGUUUUCAAAGAUUUCAAAUAAUCAAACAUUUAGUUGGGAAAACAUUCAAUUCUGACCCAUGCGGCUCUCAUAACUAUUUCCUCCGUUUUGAAUCACGAGCCAGAUUAAUGAGCUCGAAAUGAAAUUAAUAUUGUCUGUUUGGAUGUUACAAAAAAGUGUGGUUGUUUGCAUGUUAAUUAUCAUAACUGUUUAUUUUUCUAUUUUACAAUUGACUGAUCGCUGUUGGUUUUGUCAUCAUGAAUCAUCAUUGGUUGUAUAUGACGACUAAACUCAUUGUUGUUAAUGACAACCAGCGUUGUUUUCUUCAAUUACAAUUUUGAAGGUCUCCAACUCUGCCUUCCACGGUGCGGCAGGGGCCAUUAUUUACACUGAUCCAGCACAGUUUGCACCUGAAGGAACCCAAAACACUUUCCCUUAUUCCUGGUGGCUUCCAGACUCCGGCACCCAGCGUGGGUCAUCUAUGUGCGGGGCGGGACCUGGCGAUCCACUCACUCCAGGAUACCCUUCUAUUGAUGGCAUUUACAGAAACAAAAUUGACAAGAGUGGCUUACCAAAAAUUCCUGUUACUGCAAUGUCAUACAAGGAUGCCAAGGAGAUAUUGCGUCGAAUGAAAGGUAAUGAACUUCAGGCAACUAAUUAGUAAAGAUCGAAAAAACACACAAAAUGCAAGAAGCUGUUAUCAAUGAAGCAGACAAAAAAAAUCAAUGUCACCACCUAGACAAUAUUCCAUUCCUUUUGCGUGAGUUCAAUUUUAGCACCAUAAUUUUUACAUAGUAUUUUUUUGAAUUUUCACGCAUUUCUGCAGUCUGGCAACAAACAUUUUUUUUUGAAAGCGGUACAAUCUUAUUGCUAUUCGUCCAUUUGAUUCCCACCCUGCAAUCCGGCGCUCUUAACCAUAAGCAAGCGGGCUUUCUUAGGGCUCUCUUUGCUUGGUUAUCUGUUAUAAUAACUGUAUUUCAUCAAAUUACCCCACUAUGAACCACACCUGGUUGACCUCUGUCCUGUAAGGAAUUCUGCGUGAAUACCUUGGCCCGUUAUUGUCAUUCUUUGCAAGGCGUUUGUAGUUUCUUCUGGGCGGGUGCGGUUCUCUUUCACUGUCUUGAAGACUUUUGACUCUUGAAGGCCGUUUGUUUUAAACUCCUACAGUGGCGUGGAAGCAAUUUAUCAUAUAAUAUCAUGGGUGACAAAUUAGUUCAUAAUUGUGACGAGUAAUUUCAGCGUUAAUUUUACACAUGUGAAAUUACAAAAUUGCCAAUGUAACGUUUAGUGCGUCUCAGUGCCAAGAUGGUGUCAAGGUUAAAAAUGUUAUGAAUGGAGAUGUCAGGGAGAUGUCAGGCACCAUAAUUUUCAUAAUUCGUUAGGUUUAAUUACCACUUAUUAGGCAUGCAUGGGUGUAAAAACAUGAAAAUUCCUUUCACAACCCUGAGACUCUAAAACCUCUUUCCGCUGGAGGGAUCAUUUAAUGAAAAGUAUGAUGAUAAUUUACUUUUGAAGGACCCAAGGCACCAAAGAGCUGGCAGGGGGGCCUGGAACUUACUUAUCAUCUGGGGCCCGGGUUUUCGGACAAAAACUUGUCACUCCAUUUGGAUGUCAACAACAAACUGGAAACUAAAGCUAUUUACAACGUCAUUGGUCAAAUCAGGGGGUCUGAGGAACCCGAUCGCUAUGUGCUUGUCGGAAAUCACCGAGACGCAUGGGCUUUUGGGGCAGCUGAUCCGAGCAGCGGUACAUCUGUGCUCAUGGAGUUAUCACGUGGUCUAGGUGAUUUGCUAAAAGCAGGAUGGCGGCCGCGUCGGACUAUGUUUCUUUGCAGCUGGGACGCAGAAGAGGUCUCUGUCGUUGGUUCAACGGAAUGGGUCGAAGAAAACGCUCACGUUCUUCAAGGUCGAGCGGUCGGUUAUCUCAAUACAGACGUGGCAGUGAACGGAAAUUUCAGCUUAAAUGUUGACGCCUCUCCUUUGCUUCAAGAUGUGGCCAUUUCCUUGACUAAGGAAGUUUGUGAUCCUACAGUUCCACGCACUUGUAGAAGCAUGUAUGAUGUCAUGUUAGAAAGAGAUGUUACUAAACAUGCCAACGGCAAAGCAGUCUGUCAAAAUCUGGCUCAUGGCAGUGACUACGCUGCUUUUUAUCACUUUAUUGGAGUCUCCUGCGCAGAUUGGUCGUAUAUCUUUGGAGGCACGCACGGAAUAAGGCGAUCUUACCCAGUUUAUCAUUCUAUACACGACACGUUUUUUUGGAUAAAGAAAUUUGUCGAUCCCGAGUUCAAAACACAUCUCGCUGUGACGAAAUACACGGCUAUUUUUCUGCUGGAAUUAUCCGACUCAGCUUUGUUACCUUUUAAUACGCAGACUUACGGCGAACUUCUUCAGUCUAAAGCUAAUAACUUGAAAACGAAUUCUCAGUUUCCCGUUCACAACAUCAGCACAGAUGCAUUCAUUCGCGCGGUGAAGAACUUCGCGAAAAUAUCCCGCGAGUUUGAGAAAAGCAAGGCAAAAAGCAGUAAGAAGGAAUUUCGUACUCUAAACGACCAGAUGAUGCAAGUUGAAAAAGCGUUUGUGCAAACAAUAGACGAGAACAAUCCUAAACAGUUGAGGCAUGUUAUUUUCGGGCCUAAUGUUGCGAACCAAUAUAAAGGAGUUUACUUCCCUCGGGUAAAUCAUGCCAUUGAAAUGGCAAGAAAAACGGGAGACUGGGAAUUAGUUAAAAAGGAGAUUUCAGUACUGACGCAUUCGAUCAAUUCUGCUGUAAGCGUUCUAAAACGUAUAUGAAAAAAAUGUAUGAUAAAAGUGAAUAAUAGAGGUGUCUUAUAUUGUUUUUUCUUCUCAUUUGUUUCAAAACGAAAGCACAACAAAGAAAAACGUACCAGAGUUCGAAAUCGCGCGGUAUAAACAUAGCAGCAAACAUGUACAGCAGAAACUACUAAAUGCUAUUUAUUCCAAUCCUACUUUAUUCCACUUACUUCCUGUAAAAUAUGGUAGAAAGAAAUAUAGAAAGAGUACUUAGACUUUUAUAUGAUUCGAACUCAAUUGUUCCUUUGCCACUAAGUUUUAUGCUUCAAUCCAAUGUUCUAAGAGGGAUGUCAAUAUGCUGCAAUGACAAAUAAUGCGUCGAACGCUCGAAAAACUGCAUAUAUUAAGAGAUUGUAAUAAGUAGUAAAGAAUACAGCGAGGGGACAGACAAAGGCAACGAUCCACUUUUGCUCUUAGGCUUCCAUCCUCUGUUCACGUGCUUCUCACAUGAUUUCUGCUUGCUCUCACUGAGACACAAGGCGUAAUCCAUCACGUGAAAUACGUACUGCUGUUCCACUACUCCAUGAAAUAGGUAGGCACCACGUCCUUCUGCGAAUACGCCAGCGAAAUAACAAUGAUAAGAAUAACAAUAUAAAGAUUUAGCCAGAGUUAAAAGCAAAGCCUCCAUUUAUAUACUUAUCAUAAAAGCAAUUAACCUAAUAUAUAUAAUUAGCAAUAACCAAAGGUUACGGAGAGCGGGCGACACCGAUCGGUAACCUGCGAUCAGGCGAUUUUUUUAUUAACGCUCCUGCUCCAUCGCUGGGCUUUGCGUAAGUUUCACGUGGCAGAUGUUCAAAACACGCGUGAUUAAAUUACGAGUGAGGUCCAAAGGCGCGUGAUCAAGUUGCAUUUUGUGCAUUCCAUACCUACAUACAUGCGAGGCAUGCGCAGUAACAACACGAAGAUUAGGAUUUGCGGGCUCCUCUUGUCGCCCGCAAUUAAACUUAAGCCACUAAAAAAAAUCCUCCUUUUUAGGGAUCGGAGGGACUGGGUGAUAUCCCGCAAACACGCCUAAAAUGAAAUCUGUUCCAUCAAGCUAAAAGUCUUAUAUUUACCCGGUGUUUACAGCAAAAAUAAAAAGAGAAAAAAAAAAUCAAUCGUUUUAAUGCACGAUACUCUACGGAAGCAGCCAACUUACAGGUUGUGAGUGCUAGAGUCAAGUUUCUGGCUAAAUAUAAAGGAAAGAUUUAAAGUAAAAAUCUGGCCGACUUAUGUGUUCGCCGUAACUUUAUUAUGUUUUCGGCUAUUUAUCGGGCUCGGACGAACAGUUAUGUGUAUAGCCUUUUUAACAUUUGUACGUUACCGUUUGUUUUAUUCGAUGACAGACCUAGGACAGUAAAUACCUUAUUUGACCAUUUCGGCUACCACUGUUGAACGGGCGUACAGCCACAUGGCUACCAAAUUUUCUCGGAAUUAUAGAUAACAAAUUUUCUUAGCUAUGGGGCUCCGCUAAUAAUAAAGUCAUUAUCAUCAUCAUCAAAACUAUAAGAUAUUCGCUGAUUCUGAUCAGCUACGGCAACCAUGCUUUCAGGAUCAGAACAGUACACCUUUUGCCCACGUAAGUAUUGGACAGAACCCGCCACUUCCGGUAAUAAGCGCUCGAGGUUCUUGAUUUUAAUGUUUUUAAAAAGUUCAAGUUAUCACAAUUUUUUUUAUAGCCGUUACAGAACUUCCUGUCGUCCACUUCGGUUGGUAACCAUACUAGCGAUUAAAAAGAUUGGACUCCCGCGUUGACUGAAUAAGAUUCAACUUAUCAGAAUAAGCCUAAUCAUAAACGAAAAAAGUGAGGAAACUGAAGUACAAAUGUUAUUAUUUUAAUUUUUAAGAAGCCCUGUCUUGUGUGAAAGCCUCGGCUCAGAGUGGGUCUAGAGCAAAGGAAACCCAGCAUUUACAUUGCCAAAAAUUUGGGUCGGCCGGACGAAGCUAAACGGAGUAAAAAGGGAAUGGCCUAUAAGAGUCUAUCCAAAAGCUAUAGCUGGACCACCAUUUAAAUAAAGGGGAAAAAGGAAAUGACUCAAGCCCUACAAAUGGUUACCAUGCUACCGGAAUAAGACUGUCUUUGAAGGGGAUGGUGUUUUAUAAGGCUGACUGUUUAUCUUGCGUGUUUUUUUUUUUUUUAUUCUCCUCCUUUUUUAGCCAAAUUCGUUGCAUCACGCUGCGCGUUUUGGUUCUGUUCCGUCAAUCAUGUGGACCUCUUAGGAGACACCUGCUUACUUGUGAUUGGUGCAUUUCGAUCCACUUCGUUUGUUUCUGUGGGCGCUUUCCAUUUACGAAAAAAACCCGGAAAUUUCGGUGGUAGCAAAAGUGGAAUUUCCGAUCGGUAAAAAGUUGUUCCAUUUGGUCGCAAACCCCGGUACGUGGCCGGGUGCCCGACCGUGGACCUGGAACUGGUACAAACUACAAGAAACGUCAAUGGAACACGACAUUCCGUUCGGAAAUUCCAACCGGGAAAACGGGACCACCUUUUUAGAUUUUCCACUUUUUCUGGGAAUUUUCCAGUGGGACGAACCGACGCAACGUGUUCCAUUUACCGCCGAACCGGAAAUUCCGGAAAUUUUGACUAAAUGGAAAGCGCCCUGUGUUUCGCGGUCCGCCGCUUGUGAUCGCCCUGUUUCGCAUUGUUUCGGGCAAUGAUCGACUAGUUUUCUUCGAAGCUUUUCAUGAUCUUUCUUAUUCUUGUCUCUUGCAAGAAUAAAGCAAUGUCUGCCUCCUGCCCUCAACAAAAAUUCCUCUCAUCAUCGCGAUUUCCUUUGCUAUUGUUGAGCAGUUUAGGGUCAUUCUCAAUUUUGUAUUUGCGGGCCAAGCUGGGCGAGAGCGUUGCAUUGUGAUUUGCAUUAACUCCAACCCCACUCAAAUGAUUGACGGAACAGAAAAACUCAUUCGAAGUUUGAAAACACGCAGCGCGAUACAACGAAUUUGGCUAUAAAUGACGCAGUACUUAUAUACGUUAGUGUGGAGUGGACUAAACCUUAAAGGAUAAAGUACUCAUCCAAAGGAUCACAAUAUAGCAAAAAGAAUCCACCCUAUCCCACUUAAGACUGAGCACCGGUCGAGAGCUUAUCUCGUCCGGCGGCCUGCACGUAUCAAAAGGGAUGCGCUUACCAUCCUCCUAACAGUUAACAGUUAUAUGCAAGAAAUAAUCACUUGAAAGGCGGUCAAGCAUUAUCUGUAUGACAGGUGCCUGUAGCAAGUGGUUGAUGAGGGCCUUGCUUCUUCAAAAUGUUUUGACGGGUAUCCCAGCGGUGUAUUCAAAUAAAAGUGAAUUGUGAUCGAGGCAACACGCUAUCAUAGCAGGGAUAUGUUAUUAUGGCUGUAAGCAAUACAGGCUCUAAAAACACGAGCAUGGGGAGAAGAUAUGUUGAAAAGAUUUCCUCGAGAAAUUUACUCAAAUUUUGCGCUUUUGUGGGCGCUAUUUGUGUCUUUGUUCUCGGAGGAAUUUACAAGAACUCAGUUGAUCUUUCUGACAAUCAGAAAUCAGGGGAGAUAAAAAGUCGCCGUUCAUUGCCGGAUUUUAAAUCCCAACUCUUGAAUUCAUUGAAAGCAGAAAACCUGGAGGAAAAUUUACGGUGAGUGAACGAGGAACAAAGUGUGAGAUUCACUAAAUGCUGUUUCAGAAAACUGUUUAUAAUGGGAAUUUUGUUUGUUAUGAAUGGUGUGUAAAUAAACCCAAUGGGACUUGAAACUGACUGACCCGUUGAGAAGAACCGUGAUGUUAAUUUUGACAAUUCUUUUGCUUUACAUUCAGAUAUUUUUCUCAAGAGCCGCAUUUUGCCGGUUCGAGGCGGAAUAAUGACUUGGCGCGUCAUAUUGCCGCAAAAUGGAAAGACUAUGGUUUUGAUCAAGUAGAACUGACUCGAUACGAUGUUUUGUUGAAUACACCACACAAGGAUUUGAAAAAUAAAGUGGAAAUACAUCGAAAUGGCGAAGUUGUGUUCGAGGCGCAGCCCUAUGAAAAGGCAAGUGAUACUAUUUGUGUUUAUUUCAGUACUCUGUACUAAUAUUCACACGGAUAACUGAAUUUAAUUCUAAAAUGGAGGCGCGUGAUGGAGGAGGGGGGAGGGACGGCGGGGACUGUUGAUGUUUGAAAAUGUGGUUUGUCAAGAGAGUUGCUACAUUCUCGUGGUAAAACUGAUCGUUGAAUUAAAGGGACUCUGUGGCACCCGGCAAGAGUUGGUUGUAAAGUAUAAAUAACUUCAUUUCUAAAUAAUAUAUAUAUUGCAAAAUAAUCAAAUAAUCUGUGCUUGUCUAUUCACCGCAUUGUGGUCAGUUGUGUUUAGUUUUGUCUUGACCACUGGCCAAGAAACGCGUUCAGUUCCAAAAUAAGAUGUGUUUUUUCAUACCCCGUCAAAAACGCCUAAUUUCAACGUCAUAAAACGCAAUUUCCGUCAGAAAAUCUGUUCUGUAGGCAUAACAAGAACUGGAGACAUAACCUGUUCAGUAAAAACAAAGAAAUUAGACUUGUUGUGAUAAACCAUAUUUACUCCGAACGGACUUAACACAGUAAAAUUCUACAGGUAAAAUUUAAGGGAAAUGGGUUCAGUCACAAAAUAGCCGAAAAUAUUGCGAUUCAAAAACCCUCUUAUGGAUUUUUUCUCAAAUCUUACCAAGGUAAAGACAAGGGUCCAAACUAUUAAAACAUUAGAGGAUUUUAACAGAUUAUUGCUGGAUUUAUCAUAAUUUUGAGAAAAUACCCAAUUUGUAGAUUUCAGUGGUGAGGUCAGCAAAACAUAGUCUAAAAUUCAGUUUAAUCUUGAAUACGUUGUUUCACUUCAAGACUUUUUCGUACAUGCAUUACAGCCAAAGAUAUGAGGCAUCAAAAACGAAGGGGCGAAACAAAGAGAUUACAUAGAAAACGCAAAGUAAAUAAUGGUAAUAGUAGAAAGGCGAAACCGACUAAGCGAUUUGUAUGCGGGCGAAUUCGAAAGAAAAUUUGUGUAUGAAGGAAACGGCAAAGUAUGAAAUCCGGGUAAAACGCUUAUCCUUUCGGAAAGCCAACCAAAACACAGAAUUCGCUUCAUCUAACCAAUCUCUUUCACAGAUUUCUCUCCCGCUCGUCUUUCAUUCCGUAGGGACGAUAGGAGAGGACUACUCUGUGAACGAGGUUGUCAACUUGUCAAGGAGCCACGCCAAAUAAUACCGCCUGUUAGAAAUUACUGUGAAACUCACAAAACCGUGAACACAGGAAAUAUUUAUGGAAUGUUAUUGUGUUGCGAGAAAUAAGCCAAUAAGGCGCGAGAUAACUAAACCACAAACAGCAACGGUAAUUAGUUUGUGGUUUUAAGGUUUGCUUGCGUAUCCUGAACUUUAUUGUGAUUGGCCAGUGCACAAUCAACAUUCCUGAAAUUUUUCAGGUGUUCACGGUUUUCUGAGUUUAACAGUAAAAGAAGCUGUAUCGCGAAAUUUAUCAAAAUUCAAACAGAGGGAACUGCCACCAAACUGCGUGAAAAAUUUAUUAAAAUAACAGCUCAAAAAGUUGGAAGAAGGUUUUAAAUGAAAAAGUUGAAAAAUAUUGAAAAAGAUUGCAAUUGUAGUUUUUGAAAACUUAGUCACUAUAACAGUUUUUCAAAGUUCAUUGUUGUUAUUUGUAUCGUUUGAAAUCAUGAUUGGGAGACAUUUGUGUUUACAACUUCCCGUGAUUUUUCGAGAAUUUGUCAUUCACAAGGGAUCUGCCAAGUUCCAUAGCGAAUGAAGACGCUUAUGGCAUUAGAAUGAACUAUACAAAAACACUAUGACCCAACCCAUUUCUAAUAAAGUUGGUUUAAAUAUCCAGCCAUCCUAACACAAGCAUCAUAUUCUGACUUUUCUAAAGGCUCUACGAAAAGACGAAGUAAAAGGUGAAAAGAUUCCGAUUCUCCUCGGUUUUUCACCAAGUGGAAGAGUGAAAGGAGAAGUGGUGUAUGCCAAUUUUGGGACGGAAGAAGAUUUCGGAAAGCUGAAAGACUUGGGCGUGUCUGUAAAGGACAAAAUUGUUAUCAUUCGUCAGGGAAGAAUUUUCAGGGGUAAUAAGGUACGUUCUUUACCACCCAUCCCCCCCGGCCCCCGCGAGUACUGAACAAAGCAUAUGCCUUCUAUUAAAAAAUGGUACCUUUUCACGUAGCUAGUAGAGAACUUUGCAUUCCUUUUAACUUGUAAUGUACUCUCUUUAAAAUAUUAAUAAAUUACAAAACCAGAGCGUUUCUUCGACUUUUUACAGCCAUAAAGUAAAUCGUUAGCCCUUGUCGGAUUUUUUAGAGACCGAGAUGGACAGAUUUGCCUACGCUCAGAUAUACUUCAACUGCACUGUAAAUCCGAAAGAUCUGUUUUACCCCUAAAAAUGGGGCCGUUUCGGUGAGUAAAAUACAGUCCUAUUUUUGAGUCUAAUUUGCUCCCUUAAAUUAGGGCCAAUACAGCGCAAUUAGCUAGGGCUGAUUUGCUCCCAAUGGCUUGAAUGGGCCCCAGCGUGGGCUCGAAUAGAUAGCCUUUUGAUUGAGCUUUUUUGGCCUAAAUUGUGCUCCAAUGGCUCCAGGAAGGGCUGAAUCAGACUUUGGCCUGCCGUGCUGAAUUGACACGUUGGUGCUGAAACAGAUCUUUUUAAUUUUCAGUGUUGUGAAAUCCUUACCCUUUCAUACACCUGAGGCCCAAAGGUACCCCUUUCGGGCGGAGCCUUAGUCUGAGAAAACAGCCGACAUUUGGCAACGCUACCACUGGUUUCCCCGGAAAAUGACGUCUGAAAAACGAGCGCAGAAAUUCCAUACCGACGACGCGUCACUACCCAUGCAGAACUGGAUAGUGCUUCUGAUUGGUUGAAUCAAAUUUCCCACGCGACAUGACCAAUCAGAAGCACUACCCAGUUUUGGGUAGUGACGCGUCAUCAGUAUGGAAUUUCUGCGCUCGUUUUUCAGACGUCAUUUGGCGGGGAAACCAGUGGUAGCGUCGCCAAAUGUCGGCUGCUUUCUCAGGCUAGCGGAGCCUCCCCGUAUAGGCCAUUUCAUUAUGGGAAUCCAACAUGUCGCUGUGGCUUUUCCCUCAGGAUGCAGGAUGGAUGGGAAGAGUUAAAAAACAAACAAACAAACAACAACAAAACGCAAAAGUUUAAUUUAAGAUAUGCGAAGUUGAGCUUUUCAUUAUCCAGUAAAAUAUACUGAGCCGAUGUAUUGAUGCUUAGUUAAAGGUUUUCAAAGAUUUCAAAUAAUUAAACAAUGUUUAGUUGGGAAAACAUUCAAUUCUGACCCAUGCAGCUUUCAUAACGAUUUCCUCCGUUUUCUUUCACGAGCCAGAUUGAUGAGCUCGAAAUGAAUAAAUAUUGUCGGUUUGGAUGUUACAAAAAUUAAUUUAAAGUAUGGUUGUGUGCAUGUUAAUUAUCAUAACUGUUUAUUGUUUACCUUAUCAUUGACUGAUCGGUGUUGAUUUGUCAUCAUGAAUCAUCAUUGGUUGUAUAUGACGACUAAACUCAUUGUUGUUAAUGACAACGAGCUUUGUUUUCUUCAAUUACAAUUUUGAAGGUAUUUAACUCCGCCUUCCACGGUGCAGUGGGGGCCAUUAUUUACACUGAUCCAGCACAGUUUGCCCCUGAAGGAACCCAAAAUACUUUCCCUCAUUCCUGGUGGCUUCCAGACUCCGGCACCCAGCGUGGAUCAUCUUUGGGCGAGGCGGGACCUGGUGACCCACUAACUCCAGGAUACCCUUCUAUUGAUGGCAUUUACAGAAACAAAAUUGACAAGAGUGGCUUACCAAAAAUUCCUGCUGCUGCAAUGUCAUACAAGGAUGCCAAGGAGAUAUUACGACGAAUGAAAGGUAAUGAACUUCAGGCAACUAAUUAGUAAAGAAAUAACACACAAAAUGCAAGAAGUUGUUAUCAAUGAAGCAGACAAAAAAAAUCAAUGUCACCACCUAGUCAGUAGGCCAUUCUUUUUGCCCGAGUUCAUUUUUCACACCAUAAUUUUUAUAUAGUAUUUUUUUGAAUUUUCACGCAUUUCUCCGACAUUUCUGUAGUCUGGCAGCCGAAUUUUUUUUAAAGAUGUACAAUCUUAUGGCUAUUCGUCCAUAUGAUUCCCAGCCUGCAAUCGGCGCCCUUAACCCUUUAAGAGGCAGUCUCCCUAAAAGCGGUCCACUCGAUUUCGCGACAAAAAAUACUUUUCCUUUAUUUUUUGUCGGUGAAGAGGCUUUAGUAGGUGUAUACUAAAAUCGCUAUUUUCGUUUUCAAAUUCUUAUUCUUAGCUCUGCUACAAGCCAAAAACGAAUUGAGUCCGUCUCGGCUUCUCAGAGAGUGUUUCGAAGACUAAAAUUGAUGGAUUUUGAAAAGCGCGUUGUAAACAACCGAAUGCCCGCACAAAAAAUCUGUUCGAUUCAGUUUUUUUAGUUAACCUUCGAUAGUUCACAGGCUAAAUAAAAAUAUCUUUGAUCAAAACGUGUUCAAGUUACAGUGGUUCAAAGAACCUAUUUUGCAGGCUUGAUCGAAACCUUGAAAGUAAGGAAGAUUUGAGGCAAAAUAUCUCAAAAGUUGCGGCCUAAAUCUGGUUUAAAAAUCAUAUCAAAGUAAAGUUUUAAGCUUAUUUUUUUGGUUUAUAGGCUCAGACUUGCGGGUAUCUUCUGGGAUUGCAACCAACAGUAGAUUAUAAUCUGCCAUUUUGCGUAUUUGCAUAAUUACAGGCCGUGUCAGAUGUCAUGAUUGUACAGGUUAAAAGUUCCAUGAAAUUGCCUCUUUUGACACUUGAAUUCGUCUCUGGCCUCUAAAAGAAAGUAAUUAAGCUUCUUUAAGUACUUUUGAAUCGAAAGAGAUAUACUAACAGGGAUGGUCAUGCAUGUUACUGAUUACCACGAUCAACUGGCGGGCGCCAUCGUCUUGUAACUACCUGCACUGAACAGUAAACAAUGUUUUUAAUAGAAUUCUCUAGAUCAGAAGUUGAUCCAAGCUCUCUAAGUAAUGAAACUAAAUAUCACUACCCCGGGAUACAAAACAUGCACAAGAAAGGCAACGUAGAAUUUUAAGUUCUUUCCGCAAUUUCAGAGUGAAUUUCACCGCGGUGCAUAUAAAAGUCCAUGAAUUAUUGUAAUAAUCAGGCUGUUUAAAAACGUUUGACGCACAACAAAAGCAAUUAGUCAUUUACCGUUUUACCUGUUCUCGGUAAAUAAGACGCUUACCUUUACCUUAGAUUCUUGAUGGAAGAAGUCUAUUCAGGCAGCUGAAGUUAGGCAGUUUCGUUUCAAAAUCAAAUCAUAGCGUGAUAGUGUCACGUAAUGUUAUGGUCACGUUUGUGAUAACGAAAUUUCUGCUUCUCUCUCUCGAAAAAAAGCCCUAAUUGAAUGAGUUUUUCCUCCUUAAGUUGCACAAAAUGCAUAUCACACCAUGGAAUUUGUAUUGGUAGUGAACCAUUAUUUUCACGGCAUGGACUCCGCCCUUCCAUAUUUUCAGGCCCGGCCCGCAUAGGAGGGGUGAGGGUGGGGGACGGUGGGAUACCAAUAUACCCGCUUUUGUCCUCAUAAGAUACCAAUAUAGCUACAGAUUUGUAAAUGUUUGAUACCGAAUGCCUGAAAUUACCUUGAAAAAGAAUACUAUAUACCUAAAUAAGGUAUUUCAGGACUGAGACAGACCGUCCAACCCAUUUUAUUUAUCCCAGAAUAUAGUAUCAGCGUCCAAGGACAAGGAGCGAGCCGCUACGGGCGGGGUAAGGCGGCAUGCUCCCCCAGAGACGCCAUUUCUAUAGUGUUCUUAGCCUACGUAGCAGGCCCUUGAAAGUAGUGAACGCAAGAAAGAACGGGUGUCUCCGCGUGUCUCUCUCUCGCGCGUCCGUUCUUUCUUCCACCCACUACUUCCAAGCGCCUGCUACGCAGGCUAUGUGUUCUGACAAGGUCCUGCCUUUGUUUAUAAUGCUCAUACAGAGCCCACUGCGCCUGUCCUCAACUCUAACGACUCUAGGAAAUUGUAAAGCUUCCGAAGGUACAUUAUCCUUAAAGCUCGCAUUUGGACCCGCUCUAUUGUACUAGGCAGAUGGGCAGGAAGGGCGUUAUAUCAAGCCACGCAACAUUGUACUCUAGGACGGAACGUAAGACAGCGACGCAGAUAGCCGCAAGGUCCAUUGCACCAAUUUCCUGGGCAACUCCCCCCCCCCGUCAACCUGUAAUCAAAGAUCAUUUAUCUAUUUAUUUUAUUUGGCACUAAAAUUCCGUAAACCUGAACAAAAUCUAGCCGAGAUACCUGAAAACCAAAAACCCCCGGCUAGACCUCUCUCCUUUAGAACGUCAAAAUCACGUAACCCGGAUGUCAACAAGACGUCACAUUAAAAUACUCUACAUGGAAACUACAAGACUCCCUGUAGGUGCAUUUUUAAAGACUAUUACAUCCGUUCUUUGGAAACGUUUUUGUCGUACUAACUAUUUUGGCCUCUUAUAUGGGACAUUCUAAGUUGACAGCAUAAGGGAUUAGAGACCAGGUAGCACAGGCCACCCCACCAGGUUCCUAAUCUCAAUUGUUGCACAUGCGAUUUCACUUCUUCAAGCAACAAACUUGAAAAAUAGGAAUCAAAUUUUGCUCUAAAAAUUAUGCUUUGCCAAGCCCAAGAAAUGAAUUCACAUGUGCAACAAUUACAAUUAGCGACCUGGCAGGUUGGGGCAAAAGGGUCGGUAGGUCACCUCUCUAAUUCUUUAUACUGUACGUGAAUGUUAGAAUUGUACCACAUAAGAGGCCAAAAUAGUCAUUACAAGAAACUGGUUUGAAAUGAACGGAUAAAAGAGGGUUCAAAAAAUGCACCUAAAGCCACCCUUACACCUCGUUGGCAUACUAACGUGAUUCUUGAAAACGUUUAAAAGGUAGGGAUCAAUAUAGCCUGCAAGGCGUAUUUUGCUGUGUGAUCAAUUUGAACUUUCGAUUGACCGGGAGUUGGGGGGAGUCAAAAAGUGAUUCCAAGGGAGAGGUUGCCUGCCAUCCUCAUCGGGUCGCGCGAUAUAAAAAAAAAACAAAAAAAAACGCCUGGGCGAGGAUUAAUAAGGCCAGUGGUACCAUGCCGUAGAAAAUGAUUCAUUACCAAUACAAAUUCCUUGGUGCAUUUUGUGCAAUUUAAGGAGGAAAAACUCAUUCAAUUAGGGCUUUUUUUUCUGGAGAGAAACAGAAAUUUCAUUUAUCACAAAGAUUUUGGCCGCCGACGGGUUACGUAGCCACGUGACCAUAACAUUACGUGACACUAUCACGCUAUGAUUUGAUUUUGAAACGAAACUGCCUAACUUCAGCUGCCUGGAUAGACUUCUUCCAUCAAGAAUCUAAAGUAAAGGUAAGCGUCUUAUUUACCGGAAACAGGUAAAACGGUAAAUGACUAAUUGCUUUUGUUGUGCGUCAAACGUUUUUAAACAGCCUGAUUAUUACAAUAAUUCAUGGACUUUUAUAUGCACCGCGGUGAAAUUCACUCUGAAAUUGCGGAAAGAACUUAAAAUUCUACGUUGCCUUUCUUGUGCAUGUUUUGUAUCCCGGGGUAGUGAUAUUUAGUUUCAUUACUUAGAGAGCUUGGAUCAACUUCUGAUCUAGAGAAUUCUAUUAAAAACAUUGUUUACUGUUCAGUGCAGGUAGUUACAAGACGAUGGCGCCCGCCAGUUGAUCGUGGUAAUCAGUAACAUGCAUGACCAUCCCUGUUAGUAUAUCUCUUUCGAUUCAAAAGUACUUAAAGAAGCUUAAUUACUUUCUUUUAGAGGCCAGAGACGAAUUCAAGUGUCAAAAGAGGCAAUUUCAUGGAACUUUUAACCUGUACAAUCAUGACAUCUGACACGGCCUGUAAUUAUGCAAAUACGCAAAAUGGCAGAUUAUAAUCUACUGUUGGUUGCAAUCCCAGAAGAUACCCGCAAGUCUGAGCCUAUAAACCAAAAAAAUAAGCUUAAAACUUUACUUUGAUAUGAUUUUUAAACCAGAUUUAGGCCGCAACUUUUGAGAUAUUUUGCCUCAAAUCUUCCUUACUUUCAAGGUUUCGAUCAAGCCUGCAAAAUAGGUAUUCUUUGAACCACUGUGACUUGAACAUGUUUUGAUCAAAGAUAUUUUUAUUUAGCCUGUGAACUAUCGUAGGUUAACUAAAAAAACUGAAUCGAACAGAUUUUUUGUGCGGGCAUUCGGUUGUUUGCAACGCGCUUUUCAAAAUCCAUCAAUUUUAGUCUUCGAAACACUCUCUGAGAAGCCGAGACGGACUCAAUUCGUUUUUGGCUUGUAGCAGAGCUAAGAAUAAGAAUUUGAAAACAAAAAUAGCGAUUUUAGUAUACACCUACUAAAGCCUCUUCACCGACAAAAAAUAAAGGAAAAGUAUUUUUUGUCGCGAAAUCGAGUGGACCGCUUUUAGGGAGACUGCCUCUUAAGCCCUAAGAGUGAUCAGCACCAAAUUUCUCCUUGUAAAAUCAAUGCUUUGUCAAACAGAGUGGUCAUGAUCACACAAGAUGAAUUGGCUUGAUAUUUUACAAACUUCUCAGCACUAUUUCUGUAAAAAAUGAAUAGGGGCAACAAAUGAGAAUUCAAAUUUUCAUGUUAGGGUUUAAAGGGUUAACCAUAAGAGGAACCGAAUAUCAGGGGUCGAAUGAAAGGUAAUGAACUUCAGGCAACUAAUUAGUAAAGAAAUUGCACACAAAAUGGAAGAAGCUGAUAUCAAUGAAGCAGACAAAAAAUUAAUGUCACCACCUAGACAAUAUUCCAUUCCUUUUGCGUGAGUUCAUUUUUCGCACCAUAAGUUUUACUUUUUACAUAGUAUUUUUUUGAAUUUUCACGCAUUUCUGCAGUCUGGUAGCAAAUUUUUUUUUUAAAGCAGUACAAUCUUAUGGCUAUUCGUCCAUUUCAUUCCCACCCUGCAAUCCGGCGCCCUCAACCUUAAGAGCAAGCGGGCUUUCUUAGGGCUCUCUUUGCUUGAUUAUCUGUUAUAAUAACUGUAUUUCAUCAAAUUAACCUACUAUGAACCAAACCUGGCUGACCUCUGUCCCGUAAGGAAUUGUUUAGUGAGUACCUUGGCCUGUUAUUGUCAGUUUUUGCUAGGCCUUUGUGGCGUCUUCUGGGCGGGUGCGGUUCUCUUUCACCAUAGGCGUACGGGCAAUUUUUUGCCAGGGGGGGCGGUAAUCCAUUUGCCCAAAAAAUUCUUGCAAGUUGCCCAAAUUUUUACAAAACAGUCGAAAGGAAACUAGGGCCAUGCAACAAAAUAGGCCGUACUGGCAUAUGAAAGUGGCUCGAUACAGUUUUUCAGAGUCAAUACCUGCCAAGUUUGAGCAUAAACUUCGUCGCCAUAAACAAGCAUUUGGAAAAAAUUGACACCACAGUUGUAUUAGAUAAAGAGGGAAAUUUGUCAUGAUCAGGGUUGCAAUGACAUCGGAGCUGUCAUAGCAAUGAAAUGACGCCAUUACCUUAUUCUACUUGCAGCAAUAUUUCUCACUGGUAACUGUUCUUACAAAAUCGUUCAGGGGAGCUCUUUCCUCCAAUAGUCGCCUCGAUGUUCGUGAAGUUAAAACGGAACUGUAAGAGCGUUAUCGAGAUAUUUUGGGAUGAAGUUUUUAUUGUUAGAAAUAAGGUAAAAAAAGGAAAAUCUUGAUGUUUAGUCGCAAUCAGAAGAAAAGGAAACGCUUUUAACAUGCAUUUUCACCUCAUUAAAAACGUGUGUGAAAGAUCAUGGAGAUAGCUCCUGCCAAUUGCUAUAAAGAGGGAUUUGAUAAGCGCUCGAUCUUGUUAGGGGUUUUGUAAACAUUUCGGUCUACUUAAACAAAUUAAUGAAUAAUUUUUAAACCGCUCGAUAGAUUUUUUCAAAAAAAUUAUGAUUCUUCUCGUAAUUCAAACUGAGAAUUAGUCAGCCACUUCUUCACUUUCAGACCCAUUGCUGAUGCGUGUUCUGCCACAAACUGUUCUAGGAGCGGAGGUGAUUCUAGAAAGUUAUGCGGAAGUUUAUUCUAAUCAAUUCACGACUGGAAAUAGCCUAUUCUAGCUCGUGCAGUGAAGUACAUAGCCUGCGAAAACAUCCGUUUCUCCUCGCUCUUCGUCGCUGAGGACGUCGCACGAAACGUCCUCAGCGACGAAGAGCGAGGAGAAACGGAUGUUUUCGCAGGCUAUGAAGUACAGUGCCCAACAAUAAAAAAAAAAACCGCAUAUGAUACCCUUCCCUUAUAACCAGAAACUCAUCACGUGCUAGGCAACCACUGUCUCGUGUGAACGUAACUGAAUUAUUACUCCGACUUCUGAUUAAAAUAGGAAAUAUUUAUCUCUUCAAAAUAAUAAUAAAAAUAAAAAACAUGGAAACGUCUUUAAAAACUGGCUUUGCCCAAAUUUUCUCUUGCUGUCCAAAAAAUCUGAGUUACCCAAACUUUGGGGGGGCUGCAGCCCCCCUCGCCCCCCCGGCCCGUACGCCUAUGUCUUUCACUGUCUUGAAUACUUUUGACUCUUGAAGGCCGUUUGUUUUUAAACUCCUACAGCGGCGUGGAAGAAAUUUAUCAUGUAAUAAUCAUGGGUGACAAAUUACGUCAUAAUUGUGGCGAGUAAUUUCAGCUUUGAUUUAUAAUUACACACGUGAAAUUACAAAAUUGCCAAGGCAACGUUUCGUGCGUCUCAGUGCCAAGAUGGUGUCAAGGUUAAAAAUGUUAUGAAUGGAGAUGUCAGGCACCCUAAUUUUCGUAAUUCCUUACGUUUAAUCAUUCCUGGGUGUAAAAACAUGAAAAUUUCUUUCACAACCCUGAGACUCUAAAACCUUUUUAUGUCGGAGGUAUCAUUUAAUGAAAAGUACGAUGAUAAUUUACUUUUGAAGGACCCAAGGCACCAAAGAGCUGGCAGGGGGGCCUGGAACUCACUUAUUACCUGGGGCCUGGGUUUUCGGACAAAAACUUGUCACUCCAUUUGGAUAUCAACAACAAACUGGAAACUAAAGCUAUUUACAACGUCAUUGGUCAAAUCAGGGGGUCUGAGGAACCCGAUCGCUAUGUUCUUGUCGGAAAUCACCGAGACGCAUGGGUUUUUGGGGCAGCUGAUCCGAGCAGCGGUACAUCUGUGCUCAUGGAGUUAUCACGUGGUCUAGGUAAUUUGCUAAAAGCAGGAUGGAGGCCGCGUCGGACUAUAUUUCUUUGCAGCUGGGACGCGGAAGAGAUCUUUGUUGUUGGUUCGACGGAAUGGGUCGAAGAAAACGCUCAAGUUCUUCAAGGUCGAGCGGUCGGUUAUCUCAAUACAGACGUGACAGUGAACGGAAAUUUCAGCUUAAAUGUUGACGCCACUCCUUUGCUUCAAGAUGUGGCCAUUUCCUUGACUAAGGAAGUUUGUGAUCCUACAGUUCCACACACUUGUAGAAGCAUGUAUGAUGUCAUGUUAGAAAGAGAUGUCACUAAACAUGCCAACGGCAUUGCAGUCUGUGAUAAUCUGGCUUUUGGCAGUGACUAUGCUGCUUUUUAUCACUUUAUUGGAGUCUCCUGCGCAGAUUGGUCGUAUAUCUUUGGAGGCACGCAUGGAAUAAGGCGAUCUUACCCAGUUUAUCAUUCUAUACACGACACGUUUUAUUGGAUAAAGAAGUUUGUCGAUCCCGAAUUCAAAAUACAUCUCGCUGUGACGAAAUACACGGCUAUUUUUCUGCUGGAAUUAUCCGACUCAGCUCUGUUACCUUUUAAUACGCAGACUUACGGAGAACUUCUUCAGUCUAAAGCCAAGAACUUGAAAACGAAUUCUCAUUUUCAAGUUCACAACAUCAGCACAGAUGCAUUCAUGCGCGCGGUUAAGAACUUCGCGAAAAUAUCCCGCGAGUUUGAGAAAAGCAAGGCAAAAAGCAGUAAGAAGGAAUUUCGUACUCUAAACGAUCAGAUGAUGCAAGUUGAAAAAGCAUUUGUGCAAACAAUAGACGAGAACAAUCCUAAACAGUUGAGGCAUGUUAUUUUUGGGCCUAAUCUUGCAAACCUCUAUGGAGGAGUUUACUUCCCUCGGGUAAAUCAUGCUAUUGAAAUGGCAAGAAAAACAGGAGACUGGGAAUUAGUUAAAAAGGAGAUUUCCGUACUGACGUAUUCGAUCAAUUCUGCAGCAAGCGUUCUAAAACGUAUAUGA